CACGACUACGCACGCAUCUGUGCACUGGCAACAGUGCACAUAUCGGUACAAACACAGCUGCGUAUGCAUCUGUACAAUCACAAUUUCGGAAAUACCAGUACAAACAACUCUGCACAUACGUCUGUAUACCCAUGCCAGGGAGAUGCGGGCCUCAUGACCGACGGCAACAAACACCAAUCGGACUUUGUGUGCAAAUUUUAUGACUCUGAAGAAGGUCUCUCGACAAAUACCCGGUGGAUCUACGGGCAGAACCCAACAACCCCGGCUGAUGAAACGCGGUUUUACGCAAGUUCGACGUACAAACAAUGGGGAGAUGUCAUAGAAAAUCUUCCGUGCUACAUUAACACGUAUAGGUAUAAACGACAACAUUGCUGAG